AUGUAUCAGUCAAGCCCGCCAGAGGUCAAAUCGCAUAACAAUAUGGACAAGUGUAGUGUCGUCCUCAAGGUGAUCAACGCAUCGGGAUUUUCGAUCAAAAGCGCCGUAAAGAGGAAACCCCGCUCUUGCGUCAGAAUUCACGUCAACAAGGAUCGCGUGUAUGAAACCACAGCCACGGAUACCGAUAUGCCGCUUUGGAACAAGGAGUUCAAAAUCGUUGGUGUGCAGUACGACACGAUCCUAUCAUUUGUUCUCUGUGACAAUGGUCUCGUACCCCCACUCACGCGCUGCCGCUUGGGGUCAGCUAAUCGCACUGUCGAAGAGUUACUGAACUUACAGCCGGAGAUCGGAGGGUUCACACUGCCGCUUACCGGAGGCACCUCGAAGGCGCUCAUAGCCAUUUCAAUCAAGGAAGAAAGCUUGGCAGAAGGAAUCGACUCUAGUCUCCAGCAAACACGGCGGGAAAUGGAGGAAGCCAUUCACCCACCCCUGCCUGGAUCGGGUUCAACUGUGUCUCAACACCUGAAAGUACUCGUGGACUAUUUGGAAAAUUCCAGACGUAUACUGGACGCCGUUGCACAACUCCAUCCAUACCUGAGUAUGGCGAUCAAAUUGGCUACCUCGGUGUAUAACAUCGUGAAGGACCAGCUUGAUCGUGAUCUUGCAGUCUUGUCGCUCGUAGAUUCAAUGUCAGCCCUGCACUCUUUUGUUUCGUCGCUCGAAGCGCUGAAGAACGACUUUGGCCUUCUCAACCGGCUCGAGCUUACCAUGAAGUCAAUAUUGCUGCAAACAGUGGAAUGCCUGAUUUACAUCGAGCGAUACAGUGCACACACGUUUGCAGGAAACGCUACCCGAGCACAAUUUAUAGACAUCGACAAACGGAUAGAGGCCUUUCGUACCACAUUCGCCAAACUGGCGAGCCAAUUGGACACUGGUCUCGCCACGCAGGUAACCAUGACCACCUUCCGCCAGGAGUUGAAGCUGGAUCGACUAGUUCUGAAGCAAAGCCUUGACCCCAUCGAAACGACGCCACGCCAGAAGCCCUGUCACCCUAAUACGCGUCACAAUAUCAUCAGCUCUAUCACCACUUGGGCUUACAACCAAUCUGCGGAACCCUCGAAUAUCUUAUGGCUGCGUGGCGUUGCAGGCUCGGGGAAGAGUGCCAUUGCAAAUAGUCUCGAGACGCUGUUCCGAGAGCAGGGUCGCCGCGGUGCAUUCAUCUGCUUCGAUCGAGAACUAGCCGCUGAAGCAAACAACGACCCGUUCAGGGUUAUCAGGACCCUUGCAUUCCAGCUCAGCCAAUUUGAUCAGCGCAUCCACAAGGAGGUAGCAAAGGCUGUCGAGAGAAGCCCUCCCAACAUGCAGCUUGAUGCUCAAUAUCAUGUCUACCUCCGACAGCCUUUGAUGUCCUCCAUCGGUCUCGUCGACGAGGGUCCUAUUGUAAUUCUGAUUGAUGGCCUUGAUGAAUGCGGCUCUGAAAAGCCGCCGAGUCGCUCAAGAUACUCACGCAAACCGCUUCUGGAUAUCUUGGCACAGAUGGCGACCCCGGGACAGCUCCCACCUUGCAUCCGUAUAAUCAUCACGAGCCGCCAUAUCGACGAUUUCGAAUUUGCACUCCUUCGACUCUCGUCGACUUUCUUAAUACGUGAUCUGGUAGUCUCCAGAGAUGACGAUUCAGAUAUCGCUAUCUUCAUGCGGGACAGGUUGUCUCAGACUGCUCGCUCGCACAAACUCGACAAGGAUUGGCCGGGAGAGGACAGACUCAAGAGGUUCGUGGAACGCGCUGAUGGUCUCUUUAGCUGGGCGCAGACAGCAUGCGACACGAUAGAAUGUGCUGAGUACCCGUUUUUGGAGCCGGAUGAUGUCCUUGAAUCACUGCUUGGGAGGGAGAGUGCGCAACAGGACGACAGCCAGACGCUUGACGAUCUGUACGAUAAGGCGCUUCAUUCGUCCCUCGACCGCUAUUGGUUAAGAGACUAUCCUACGGCCUACAACACCGUGUUGGGCGUCAUUCUGGCGGCGAAGGAGCCAAUCUCUGUCACCGUGAUUGAUCAACUCCUGGGGGGGCCACGAAGGGCGAGCAAAGUCCUUCGGCCCCUGCGAAAUCUGCUUCAGUAUUCCGACGACCACGAGCCAGUGCACUUACUCCAUCUAUCAUUCCGUGACUUCAUCUCUAGCCCAGAUCGUCGUGAAUCACGCUGGUUCAUCGACGUGAAUGAGCACGAUCGACGUCUUGCGAGCCGCUGUAUGGAUGUCCUCCGAGCAUCCUUCCAGUCUUCUACCCGUCUAUCGCAGACGUUUACGUCCCCAGGGUCCCAUGCAAACAUAUACGCAUGCACUCAAUGGAUACUCCACACCUGUGGCAUAGCAGUGUGUCCUACCGAAUUCGCACGAGGUCUGCAAGACUGGCUGGAAGCGUAUCUGAUCAACUGGCUAGAGGCCAUGUGUGAUUUGGGGAAAGCCAGAAGCAUCUCUAGGCUACUUGAACAACUCUCCGUAUGGGUUGAGGCGAUUUAUGAUGGUGUUCGUUUCAGCUACUUCUUCGCGGAAACUAUCGCAACAGGCCCCCCUCAUCUUCGGCGUUCCGCAAUCCCAUUUGCACCCACAGAAAGUAGACUCUUCAAACUGUUCCAUCAUUCGGAUGCCCCGACAAUCAUGGGGGGCUACGUACCACAGUGGUCACCGGCAUUGCGUCUGUUCAAAAAGGACAGGGAUGUCGACUCUCUGGCCUUCUCUCCAGACGGAAGGAAAAUCGUUUCCAGCGGGUAUCAUGUAGCGUCCCCGGAUGCCCCUUAUGUCUGCGUGUAUGGCACACAAGCGUGGGCAGCAUCGGCGAAGGGAACCAUAUACAAGGUGGAUACCAAGACCGGAUACCUUCUCUCCGAAUACCAUAUGUACAAACUGGAUGGAGUACCGACUGCGCACAGUGUCGCUGAUUUAUGGGUACCGUUCGAUGCCAAGGAGACCCCUACGACCCCUACGUCCGAGUCGACUCAAGGCCUGCAUGUUGGUCCAUCCUAUCGCAGAGAUAUGAAGAAUUCGAAUACUCACUUCGAUAUCCAACCGACCGUGAAGUAUUACGACGAGUUAACGCAACGUCAAUCGCCGACGUAUAGCUACGCCAGAUUCACCCGUGCUGCAUUCUCUCACGACGGGUUGUGGGUCGUGCUGGGUUCGGAAGAUGGCAGUCUCUGGCUUGUAGACCUUCAAACCCGCACUAUGCCGUACGCUCCCCUGCAGAGUGCGAGACUCCAGGGUCGUAAAGCGGCCUUGCGCAUGUUCCAUUCCAUUGACUUCUCUCCAGACGACUCUUGGUUCGCAUCGGGAUCCGGAGAUGGUAUGGUGUACUUAUGGGACAGGAAGACUGGCAACCUUCACAACAAACUUGGCGCGCAUACCCGCGAAGUCACGGUAGUGAAGUUCAUCAGCAGCAAUAUUCUUCUCUCCAGCGCGGAGGACGGUUCCAUCAUUAUGUGGGAUUUAGACAAGGGGCUCCCCUCGCGAACGUGCACUGUGCCCGGCAUUUUGCCGGCCGAUGGGUUCGAGCCGUUGGCGUUUUCCUCGGACGGCACGAAGCUAGCGACAUGCCUCGCGGAUGGCACACUCCGAAUACUCGAUGUCGCAACAGGCGAACCACUUGGGUCGGACAUAAUAGGUCACUUUAAUCCAGCUGCGGCCGCGGCAUUCUCAUGCGACAAGGAGAAUCCUCACUUGGUAUCCGCGGCAUUUCGCGACCCGAUACAUAUCUGGGAUCUGCAAAAGAGAAGCACAUAUGACUGGAGACUUUCCCGGCACCACCGCCCUCCGCACAAAGUGUCGUUUUUCUCGAGCGGACUUCGCGUAGUCUCGUGGCGACACGAGGACCCUCAGCAAACGAAAGUCUGGGAUGCGGGUUCGGGACGGGAAAUGAAGAUGAGCCCGUAUGAUGUUGGUGCCAGACCCGACUCAACUGGUUCUACGCUUCUUUCGUCGUCCGGCGAGCCAGUGCAGCUACUUGCUAACAAAGACAGCGAAAUCGUCCCGUCCUACUUGGAUCACACGUCUCAACUCAACGCGGCCGCGGACAACUCGCGCGUAAGCCUGCGAAUCGACGAGAACGUCGAGGACGAAGACCAUAAGAUCUUCGAGGACCUGUCACUCGAUCUCCAAUUCGAUAUCGAGACUGGGAUUCUAUCGUCUCGCGAAGGCAAAGAAGUCUGGAUGCUUCCGAAGGAGUUCGAAGCUCGGUCGUAUGCUAUAUGGCGCAACUAUCUUGCGCUAGGGUUGUGGAACUGCCGGGUCAUUGUAGUGUAUAUACCAGAGGAUCUGAUAGUCAGCGUCUGA